UUGGUUAACCUUGUAACUUGAACGAUACUUGCAAACCAUUCCAGGAACGACAGCGGUUUCGCUCUUAACACUUGUCAGAACGAAAAACCUGCCAUUCUUCGGCAAGUUCAGGUCGUGAGAAGGUUUCGAAAAUUGUUCUGUCUCGAACAACGCACCGGCUUGGUAUCCCUGAUUAUCGAUCUGUAGCAGACGCUAAUGGCAACUUCACGUGCGUCUCGCGUCUCGUUUGUCGCCUGUCGGUUCGGCGAUUAACAAAAAUAACGUAAUUGUUACAAGUUGGAAAGAUUUAUUAGCGGCACCUUAGGGUAUUACGAGGGAUUUAUAUCUCCUCGAGGAGUCGUAAGAACUCGCUCGGGAAAUUGACCUGGAUUUAUUCGCCGAGAAAAUGGUUCAAGUAAAAGAGUAUCGAAUUUGUAUGCCCCUCACAACAGAAGAGUAUCGCAUCGGGCAGCUGUACAUGAUCGCGCGGCAUAGCGAUGAACAGUCGGACUGUGAGAAGGGCAUCGAAGUGGUAGAAAAUGUGGAAUGCGAGGAUCCUGAACAUGGAAAGGGACAGUUUACGGAAAAGAGGAUUCACCUUUCUAAUAAACUUCCUUAUUGGAUUCAAUCCUUUAUUCCGAGGAUAUUUUAUGUCACCGAAAAGGCAUGGAAUUAUUAUCCUCUUACCAUGACAGAAUACACAUGUUCCUUUAUUCCAAAAUUUCAAAUAUCGAUUAAAACUCGGUAUGAGAACAACAAUGGCAACAUGGAGAACUGCUUAGGUCUCAGCCCAGUUGAGCUUGCACAACGAGAAGUCGAUUUUAUUGAUAUUGCAUACGAUGAAAUAUCUGCAAAACACUACAAGGAGGAAGAGGAUCCCAAAUUCUUUCAAUCAAAAGUAACUGGACGUGGACCACUUGUCGAAGGUUGGAGAGAUACUGUGCAACCAAUUAUGUGUUCCUAUAAAUUAGUUCAUGCCUCAUUUGAAGUAUGGGGAAUGCAAACACGGGUGGAGGAUUACAUUCACAGGUGUAUACGGGACAUUUUGUUGUUGGGGCAUCGACAAGCAUUUGCAUGGAUCGAUGAGUGGUACGGUAUGACUUUGGAAGAUGUACGUCAGUACGAGCUAAAGAUGCAUGCAAAAACAAAUGAAAAGAUUCAACAGAGAGUACAGGAUAAUACUAAUCAAGAUGUUCCUUCGCCGAAGACGUCCGUGCCAUCGUCGCCAGUUUCGAUGUCGCCAUCGCAAGCUUCAAAUUGACCAUGGUUUUCCUGGUCGUAGCCACAAUCGUGAGAUGAUCAUAAAUACCGUAACUGCAAUCACGCUUACUUUGUAUGUCACUCAUAAGGAAGGAAGAAUUGAAACAUGUUAGUGCAGGUAAUGCAACGUGAUCGAAAGAGACAUCAAUUUAAUCGAACGAUGCUCCAUGAUUUGUCACCAAUUCCUCGUUCCAUGGAACGGUGUGAUUUUUUAAUUCUCACAUGUCUAGCUUCACUUAAAGAGCAAUACUAUUGUCGCCUCAUUGUUUUGUACUUGUCUAUUAAAAGAAAGAUCGUACAGAGGCAGAAUUAUUUAACGUUACACUGGUUUAGCACGUGCUUCUUUAUCACGUAAAAAAUCGCUGAAUCUGAUUAGAUAUUAUCCUACCAUGCAGUGCAGGUUACUCGUGUAAAUAUAUUGAAAGAUACGUACAAAGUAUUAUCUAUUUUUCACAUUAUCUGAACAUUAAUUCAAGUUUCGUGGAAUAAAAAUUAUUCUAUCUGGGUUCAAGCGUCUGUAAUAUGUUGAUGCGAUCUCAGAUAGACGAACUUGCCAGAGUACCGUUUUAUGUUUGCUAUGUCUAUGGGUUUUAUGUUACGUCAAGCCAAAAGUGCAUAAUUUAUUAUACUUAAUGUUUACGAGUCGUAUUAGUGGGACUAGAGUGAGAUUAUUAUCGAAGCAAUGUUACUCCGUUAAAUGUAUGAUUUAUUCUGUUAAAACGAAAUAUGGCGUCACUUGUAAGUGUCGAUGUGUCAGUCGAGAGAGACAAAUUUUUGGAGUAGGUAGAUAAAGCGCCUCCCAUUUCGUGCGGGACACCAAUCGAACAAUCUAUAUCACUGUGAUUGAGCCAAAACGGGAAAAUGACAGCACCCAUCCCCAGUCGGACGGUUAAGAUAGCAUAUCUCUGUUCCGAUAGUCUAUUCGCGCUUAUUGACAGUACAUUGCGACCUAGUGCAGCGACCGAACACUUCUUUACGACUCGCUAAAUGGAAUCUCAAUUCCUGAGAAACGUAGUGAAUUAUACGGCGGAUUGUACAGAUACGACGAAUUAUACGGAUUAUACUAUUACCUUUGUUCAUAGCCCGAUACAUUGUUUUUAACAGUGCUUAGGUAAAUUUACUGCUGUCGGCACGUACCAGUGAUAGGAUUAAAUUCGCAAUACCGAUCUUACCAGCGAGCGGAAUCCAAACUGUCGAGGUAUAUAAUUGACUACAGCGUCACCAAUUCGAAACUUGUUAAUAAUAUCUACUCGAUACACAUUUGUCAAGCGUUUUGAUAAUUAAAUGGAUUACCACGUA